AUGUCGUCAAUUGGACCUCAACUACCACCACACCUCACCAAGCGCAAGCGCAGUCCCGAAGACGAAAGCCCAGACUCACCAUCAACCAAGACCUCAAGACCCAACAAUGACGAGAUAGCCCUUGACGGAGAAGACAGCGAUUCAGACGAUGGCUACGGACCAAGCGCGCCAAAGCCAGCAGCUGCUGCCACUGCUGGCCCCCAAAGACCAUCGAUAGGGCCAGCAUUACCAGCCACCACCGCCAACGGCAGCAACACAGACGAGAUCGCCCUGAACUCCGAGUCCGACGAUGACACAGGCCCAGCACCACCAGCACCAAAACCCACCGCCCAACAACCAAGGCGAGUGAUGGGACCCGCUCCCCCGCCCGCAGACCUCGCCACGCGGCCCACGACCGGUGCAGACUCAGACCCAGACCCAGACUCGGACUCAGACUCAGAAGACGACUACGGGCCCGCGCUGCCAGGCGCCGCACCCCAAAACGCCAACACCACCGCCGGCCCCUCCCUGCCGAGCUCCAACGCACCAGAGAAGCCCGCCGCGCCCCGCCGCGACGACUGGAUGCUCGCGCCGCCGGAGCCGACGGGGUACCAGGAGCGGGACCCGACCAAGAUCAAGGCGCGCAAGUUCGCGAGCGGGGCGAGCGCCACGUCGCGGCCGCAAGGCGGCGGCGGCGGUGGCAUCAGUGCCAUAUGGACCGAGACGCCCGAGGAGAAGGCGAAGCGGCUCGCGGACGCGGUGCUGGGGCGGGGCGCGGACGAGCAGCAGGCUACAGCAGCAGCGAAGGGCAAAGGCAGGAGUGCUGCUGCUGCUGCUGCCCGUGGUGGCGAGACCAAGGAGCAGCAGGACAAGAUCCGCGCCUUCACGGAGCAGACGCGGGGCAAGAGCAUGUACGAGGAGCACCAGGCGGCCAAGAAGGCCGGUGCCGCUGGUCCCGGCGGCGCCAAAAAGGGCGGGAACGACGACGAGGAGGACGACGACCCGAGCAAGCGGGCGUUCGACCGGGAGAAGGACAUGGGGCUCGGCAUGAAGAUCACGGCGUCGCAGCGCAAGGAGCUGCUGAGCCGGGCGUCGGACUUUGGCGGCCGGUUUCAGAAGGGUAAUUACCUGUGA